CAGGAACAUGUCCAACUUCCUUGUUUAUCCGUUCCGUGGUUUUCAGAGAAGCGGGGGGGAGACGGUGUUGAGGCUCGGUCCUCUUCCAUAACUACGGCUGUAACGUAAAAGCAAACCAUGCUGUCUGCUCGGCUGUGUAACGGCAAGAGGGGAGAAACCGUUGUUGUGCCGGCCGACCCUGCCAUCAGUGACGACGACGAUGAUGAGGAGGAGGAGGAAGAUGAGGAUGUGGAAGACCCGCACUUUUCCCCACCCACCCUCAACCUGGACAUUCCAGGCCCAAGUGACAUAGGCCCCUCUGCCAAGAGGAAGUGCAUGCAGCCUGCAGUGGAGGUGCUUCAGGUCCAGGACGAUGACAGUGAAAAUAACAGUGAGGAUAUUGACGACAAUGAGCAGCCAGCACCACAAGCUGAGACAAUUACCAAACCCAGGACGUCAGCAACCAGGCAAACCACCUGGCAAGUUGACCUGGAUGACACAGCCGUCCCCGAAUACCAGCACCCCCCCCCGGACUACAUUGCAACGCCUUUUCAGUACUUUAUGCGGUACUUUGGGCCCAAAGUCAUUAGGCAUAUCACAUACCAAACCAACCUGUAUGCCACUCAGAAGGACAUGAACACUACUUUCACCACCAGUGACGAUGAAAUAAUGGCCUUUCUGGCCAUCCUUAUCUAUAUGGGAAUUGCUCAGCUUCCAUCUGUUGAAGAUUACUGGGCCAUGGAGACCAGAGUGCCUCAAGUUGCCAACCUGAUGUCAUCAAAGAGGUUCAGGCUGCUGAAAAGUGUUGUCCAUUUCAAUGACAACACCCAGAUCCCUAACACAAGUGACUGCUUCUUUAAAGUGAGGCCACUGUUCAACUACCUCAAUGCUGCCUUCAGACGUGAGCCACAGACCCCCAAACAGUCUGUGGAUGAGGUGAUGGUUGCUUACAAAGGGAAGACAGCCGGCAACCUGAGGCAGUAUGCUAAGAACAAACCAGACAAGUCGGGAUUUAAGUUGUUUGCCAGGGCCUCUGAGGAUGGCUUCAUCCAUGACAUGGUGCUGUACCAGGGCAAGACAACAAUAGAAGCCCAUGGUGUCCCCCUGACACCUGAACAAAAAGCCUUGGGUGUUACCAGCCAGAUUAUCUCUGUCCUGGCCAGUACCAUGUCCUGCCGCAUCACCACAGCCAUCUUCGCUGACAAUUCUCUCACCAGCCUGGAGCUAGUGCGAUACCUCCGAGAACAGAACUGCAGGUACAUGGAGUCCUCUAAGGAGAUGGAGAUAAAGCCUGUCCCUCAUGGAACAUGUGAUGAUGGGGUCCUGGCUGUGAGGUGGAAGGACAACAAAACUGCCAUGAAGUAUGGGAGUGACACCAACACGAGAGAGCAUGUGAGCUGUCCACCUGUCACCCAGAGUUACAAAGCCAACAUGGAGGGCACUGAUAAGAAUGACAUGUUGGUCCACCUCUACCGCACCCCCAUGAAGUCCAAGAGGUGGUACAUGCGAUUAUUUGCAUACGCCAUUGAUGUCAGCCUCACAAAUGCCUGGGUCAUUUACAGGCGGGACUGCAAGGCCCUUGGUGUGAAUGGCCUGUCUCUGAAACAUUUUAGAAUCCAGGUGUUCAGGGACGCUGGCGGCAAGGGGCCAGUCAUGCCUUGCCCCCUAACAAGCUCAUCUUCACCUGUUGCCGGCCUGGGCACCGUUGCAGAUGUCCCUAAGCCUGUCCGUGGACACCGCAGCCACACCCCAAUCGAGGCUGUGCGCUUUGAUGUGUCCCUCUUUCAUGCCCCCGUACACACCAAUCGCCAGACCUGCAAGUUCUGCAGCAGGAAAGGCAACAUUCUCAGGUCAAACGUGGUCUGCAGGGUCUGCAAGGUCCACCUCUGCUUGAACGCUGAUCGUAACUGCUUUAUUAGGUUCCACGAAGAUGUGGCCUAAUGUUGUCGAAUGUGAUAAUGUGUAUGGUUACAAGUGCCUGUAUCAGCAUUUAUGUUCUAAUGUUCCAGAAUACAUGUUCCCUUUUCACUUUAUAUGUGUUUUUCUGGGAUUUCUUACAUAUACACUUCUUGGUCAGCAAGAAGCCAAUAUAUGGUAGCUUUAUUAACCUUGUUUUUUCUAUAUGAAAAUGAAAAAUUGAAAGAAAAAAAGGCAUAAAAGCGAUAAAGUCUUGUUAUGACUUCCAGUUACAUGCAGCGUUUCAUUUUGGAAUUUCCAAGUAUGAUUCAAUGAGUGCCUUACUAAGGCUUAAAAUACGAUGACAGUGUAAACAAAUAACACCUAGUCAGCUGUUUUUAAUCCAUGCUAACAAAACGCACAAUAGCCAGUUCCAAUGUGUUCAGCUCAUUGCCGGACAUGGGAAACAUUUCUCAGAUGGUGUCCUCAUAAGAGAGUGUCUCACUAAAGUCUCAGGAUUAAUGUGGCCGAAACAUUCAGCAGUGUGCGCAGUUGUGCAGCAAAUUGAAGACUUGUUGAUUCCAUGUGAUGAGAGCAUGGAUUCCACACAGCGUUCCACGGUGUUCCACAUUCCACAGUGUUCAGGAUUAAAUAAGCACUAUCAUUUUCUAACAACACCCUCCACCCAUCAUCCUUAUUAAAAUCAAUUUCAGCAUUAAGAAGCUCAUGUUUUUGGAAAGAGCUGCCAACUCUUUUUGUAACAUAAUAUAUGAAAAGCCUUUAAUAGAAAGCUGUGAUGGAGGCUGUUUUUUUUUCUUUUUUAAAGCGUUAUCAUCAUAUGUCAAGCAUGAUUUACAUUUAUUUCCUGAUAUACCUCAUCUGAGUGGCCCAGCCUUUUGUAUUAUUUUUCUAUAAGUGGCCCUUGUGAAAAAGUUUGUAUAUAAUACAACAAUGUUGUUGACGUGGAGCGUACACAGUGAUGUGAUUGUCAUGUACCUCGCUAAGGUGUUGUGUUCAUCUCCUCCUCACUGACAGUUUGUGAGACAUUUCUGUGUAAUGAGCCUGAAUGUUGAUUAACCAUUUAGACUUUCACUGUUUUAAAUUAAAGAUGAGACUUUAACUGUU